AAAGCUUAUAUACUUGGGCUUCAUGACGCAGGCAUAGCGAAGAGUCAAAUUGCUCGGAGAGUAAAUCGGCCAAUCCAAUCAAUUUGCAACGCGAUCAAACGCGUUAAGGAACACAACUCCUUACCUUCUUCACCUCGAUCAGGACGUCCAAAAAAGACCUCAGAAACCGAGAAACGUCUAAUUAUUCGAACUAUCAAGAGAAAUCCGUUUAUAUCAUACGCCUCGCUUAUCCAAGAACUCGAACUCUCGAUCCAACGCCGAACCGCAUACUCGAUCAUUCAGGAGUCAGGA